AUGAGCUCCAAUUUAAAGCAUCUAAUCAUUGUUCCAGGUCAUGGGAUCUGGAAAAGAACAAACGAUGGCUCUAAUACAGAAGAUUGGUUUUUAGAAUCAUUCCAAGUAGAAGGACAUGAUCAUUUGUUAUUUAUUGAACAUAUCAAAAUUGGUAUAAAAGAAUUACAAAAAGAUCCUGAAGCUUUAUUAUUAUUUAGUGGUGGACAAACUAAAAAACAGGCUGGUCCUAUUUCAGAAGCACAAAGUUAUUAUCUUUUAGCUGAAAACUUAGGUUUAUUAGAAGGUUUAACUGAUAGAAUAUCAACUGAAGAAUUUGCAAGAGAUUCAUUUGAAAAUGUUCUUUAUUCUUUAUCAAGAUUUAAUGAAAUCGUUGGUAAUUAUCCUUCCAAGAUCACGGUUCCAGGGUUUGAAUUUAAAAGAUCAAGAUUCUUGGAUUAUCAUUUCCCUGCUUUGAAAUUCCCAAUUGAAAAUGUUAAUUAUAUUGGUGUUGAUCCUAAACCAGAUUAUGAAAUUGGUUCAUUAGAACAUGAAAAAUAUUUUAAUGAUUUAUCAAAUGCUGAGAAUAGAAAUGCAUUAUCAUUAUUUGCUAAAGAUCCUUUUGGAACUGGUGAAGUGCUUUCAACUAAACGUACAAAGAGAAAUCCUUUCAAUAGGUAUCAUGGAUAUUUACACAAACAUGAAAUUUUAAAAUUCUUUUUCGAACAAGAUCCUUCAAAAGUUAAUACAGUUCCAUGGUGA